AUGCCCUCUGAAAACGCACCAAUUCUUCGCCUGCUCCAUUUCAACGAUGUCUAUCGCCUCGAGCCUUCGGAACACGAUCCAGUUGGGGGUAUUACUCGCUUCCAGAGCUUGUGCAACCACUAUAGACAAGAUCCGAAAUAUCAAGACCAACCACAGCUCAUCACGCUCUUUUCGGGAGACGGCUUCGGACCGAGUUUGGAGAGCAGCGCCCAUAUGGUUCCCAUCUUGAACAAUGUUCCCGUUGCAGCUGCUUGUGUCGGAAACCAUGAGCUCGACAUGGGCGUUCCCCAAUUUGAGUACCUUGCAUCACAGUGUGCCUUCCCUUGGCUGCUAGCCAAUGUCACCGACCCUGCGCUAGGAGACGACGUACCUCUAGGACAUGCACACAAGACAGCUAUGCUCACCUCAUCUAAUGGAAUCAAAAUCGGACUUAUCGGUUUGGCCGAGAAGGAAUGGCUCGAAGCAGUCAACGCUUUACCAUCUAACCUCAUCCACACCGAUCCGGUAGUCAGUGCAAAGAAGCUGGUUCCAGGCCUCCGAGCUCAAGGUGCCGAGAUCAUAAUUGCAUUGUGCCAUCAGAGGGAGCAUCAUGACGUUAGGCUGGCGCAGGAGACGCCAGAAGGGCUUAUCGACCUUGUCCUCUCAGGUCACGAUCACCACUAUCGCCAGGCUCGCGUACGGAGCACCCAAAUUCUAUGCUCUGGUAGCGACUACAAGCAACUCAGCUACAUCGAAGCGUCCCGUACCGACACCAAGUGGGACUUCAACAUUACGCGCCGAGACGUCAAUAGCGCCGUCCCCGAGGACCCUCACACAGUCGCUCUUAUGGAUAAGCUAUUCUCGUCGCUGCAAGGCAAGUUGCAGAAAGUGAUCGGCUAUACAGCUGUGCCACUGGAUGCGCGCUUCGCUACCGUCAGAGCCUCUGAAUCGAACAUGGGCAACUUCGUAUCAGAUCUAAUGCGCUUCUAUUACAACACGGACUGUGCUAUGCUCGUAGGAGGUACGAUACGAGCCGAUACAGUAUACCCGCCAGGCAUACUACGACUCAAAGACAUCGUUGAUUGCUUUCCGUUCGAAGAUCCUGUUGUGGUAAUCAGGGUCAAGGGUCAGCAACUUCUGGAGGCAUUGCAGAACGGCGUGUCCAAAUAUCCUGCUUUGGAUGGUCGCUUCCCGCAGGUGUCUAAUAUCAGUUUCACCUUCGACCCAUCGAGAGAUAGCCAUGACCGAAUCGUCGCGGUACAAGUCAAUGGAAAGCCACUUGACCUGGAGCGUGAAUAUACUCUGGCGACUCGUGAAUAUAUGGUCAAAGGAGGAGAUGGCUACACAUGUCUCCGCACACAAUUACAAGGGGGAUCGACAAUCUCAAUUGUUGACGAGGAGAACGGUAUCCUCAUUUCGAUGCUGCUACGACAACACUUCCUGUCGUCGAUGACUGUCGGACGGUGGAAGCAUUGGGGCGCUGCACUCGGUCAUCACUGGGGCACAGUACAAGAACAGCUACGACGAACUGGCUCUGUGGUCGAGCGUACAGACACGAGCCACACUUUCCGACGAGACAGCAAUGAUGCGUCAGCUCGCAGAACCAGCGUAGAUGUAUCAUCUGGAAGAAGAAAGAGCAGCGCCGUCUGGGACAGACCACCAAUUCGCAUUGUGGAGCCAGCAGAGAUAGGUCUCAGUGAAUCCGAAGAUGAAUCAGAAGUGACUGCACCGGUGCUGGCCAGAGAACUAUCACCCGAGGAACACGAGCUGGUGGUAGCGAGGAAAGCUAUGCGGAAGUGGUGGAGACUAGCUGGCUUGAGCAAACGCCAUGCGAUGGGUUACGAGACAGGCGAGGAGUUGGGAGUUGGUUGGACCAGAGGCAUUUGUCCACAAAUGGAGGGACGCAUCAAGAUGGUGUUGCGUGUGCUUUGAAGUAACAUGAUCGACCUAAGGACCUAGAAUCCAUUACUCCCCCUCCUACUACAUCCAUGAAGUACUACCCGUUGAGCUGGUGUGCGGAAUAAGGAUGAAACUGGCGGCAUUAUUGUCGUGACUGUACAUAGUGUCGUGAAAUCGCUUCAUCUUCUCUUCUUGCCAACAACCUUGGUAAAGCCAUCGUCGUCGACCUCGGGCUCUUGUCUUUCACGAGGCGCGGGAACGAGAGCAGGAGCAGCAUCGCCCAUUUCGACGUCGUCG